CAGGUAGUCCCCAGCUGAUCUUCCAAAUUACACAACACAAUGGCCGGCGUCCUCAAGAAUUUCGCUGUUAGUGCUUUUCGCAGCACUGUCACAGCAAGGGCCUUCCAGCGCCACCUGUCCACUACCACACGAUCUCUUGCGGCUGCUGUCACUCAGCCUGCUCCAGGUUUUAAGGGUCAGGCCGUUGUCAAUGGACAGUUUAAGGAAAUCUCUCUCGAGGACUACAAAGGCAAAUAUGUUGUGCUCUUCUUCUAUCCUCUAGACUUCACAUUUGUUUGCCCUACUGAACUGAUUGCCUUCAGUGAGAAAACUGAAGCCUUCAAGGAACUUAAUUGUGAGGUUAUUGGUGUGUCAACCGACUCUCAUUUCUCACACUUAGCAUGGAAUAACAUGCCACGAAAGCAAGGAGGUCUGGGUGGCUUGAAAUACCCCCUGCUUGCUGAUUUCAACAAGACCAUCUCAAGAGACUAUGGUGUUCUUCUUGAGGAUGCAGGCAUUGCCCUCCGUGGCCUCUUCUUGAUUGAUCCCGAGGGUGUCUUGAAGCACAUGAGUGUCAAUGAUUUGCCAGUUGGAAGGUCCGUAGAAGAAACCCUGAGAUUGCUAAAGGCCUUCCAGUUUGUGGCUGAGCACGGUGAAGUAUGCCCAGCCAACUGGCAGCCAGAGAGCCCAACCAUUAAGCCUGACCCAGAAGCCUCCCUUGAAUAUUUUGAAAAGGUCAACUAAAAAAAGGAUUGAAAAUAAAACCUUUAUGUAGGGGCUACCAUCAAGAAUGUCAUCGAAAGAAUAAGGCAGCUGUAUUUGUCAUAUGAUGUGUGUCUGGGCAUUUGCAUUGUAUUUGUUUCUGGAAUGAUGUUUUCCCCAUAUGUAGGAAAGAGAUUGAAAGUAUUUUCAUGUGUAAAUUGUUGAAAAAUAAAACAAUAAAAAAAGAAGAAAAAACU